UUGAGCAAAAUAAUAGAACACGAUCGGUGUGCUGCCUGGUCGUGUUCUAUUACGGGCACUAGGUUAACAAUCUGGGCUACUAGUUGAACACAGUGUUUGUAGUUAUCUUAAAUUGACCAUGUCUGAUAUUUUAACGUUGUGUAUUUUUAGAUAUUUUCCAGAUUUUGUAUACAACAUGCAGUCGUUAAAUAUUUUAAGGGCCUUUUUCCUCGUUGCUCUCGGCAUAGGAACUUUUACAUUUUAUGCGAUCAAACGAUAUACAGUAUUCCAACUUCGUUCUUAUCCUAUCGCCACCAUAGAAGAAGACAACUUAGCGCCAGAGCGUUUUGAUAAAAGACUCAAAUUACUGCAUUCAAGAUGCCCGAAUGAUUAUACGAAGGCAAGAGAAAGGUCCAACUGGGUGCCAAUACCUCACUUUCUCGUAGACCCUCCAAAAAAAUUACUAGUAUGCGUAGUUCCAAAGUCUGGAAGUUCUACGUGGCACGGUAUUGUUUGGGCUUUACGUCGAAAACGAGCUGGACUCGAUGAAGAUCAGAAGUUCUAUAGAUGGAAUGAUACAGUUGAAAAUCAUGCUAUGGCUCGUAAGCUUCCUCCAAAAGUUGGACAAAUGCUAGGCGUCUACCAUGAUGGAGAUGACGACCUAUUUCAAAGUCCGAGGCUGGGACAAAGUCAUCGACUUGUAUUGGCGCGCCAUCCUUUCGCUCGCUUGAUUUCAGGAUGGAAAGACAAAUUCAGCUAUAAUACAGCAUACGGAGAUAGGAUGUUUAAACAUUUUCCAAAACUCAAAGAUUACAAUGUUUCAGUUCCACCGGGAAACUUCACUUUAGCGUUUGAGGAUUUAGCUCGUUAUAUAGCAGAUCACGGUCGGGAUGAGCGAAAAUUGGACUAUCAUUUCAUGCCGGCAACAUCACUAUGCAAGCCUUGCAACUAUGCAUAUACUUAUAUACUAAAAGCAGAAAGCGUUGAUAAAGAUCAGCAAUGGCUGAUGAAUCGGAUAAAUAUGACUGAUCUGAAAGUCGUACGUCGAGGAGUAAAUAAAAAAGGAAGUUUGCUUCAGAUAAAUCCAAGUGACUCUAUCAAAGAAUAUAUGUCGAAACUGGAUCUCGAAGUCGUCAAAAAACUAUACACUGUGUAUGUAAAAGAUUUUGUCUAUUUUGGAUAUACGUUCAGCUUAACUACUAUGAAAUCAGGAGGGUUUGAAUAAACUGAAGCUGAAUUUUUGAGCAUACUUGAAAUUAUAUAGAAUUGCUGUUGCGAAUUCGCUAAAAUCUAGCUAGCAACUGAAUUUAAAAAAGUUUGGAUGGAAAUUUCAAAAGAGCCCGAUUCGUGCUGAGUGCUAUAUAUAUCUGGAUAUAUCCAUGCAAAAGAAAUGUCAGUGAUUUGAAUGCUGGAGCUAGAAUCAAGCUUACAUGACAUGUUUAAUCUCUAUAUUUAUGUUUGAACAAAAAAUUUUUAACCGCGAUCAAAAAUACCCUCAAGACCCUAAUUAACCAUUAUAAUUUUCGGACUGACUGAGAAUUAAAACCACGACCCCAUUAAAUUUGCCAAUGAUAUCAAACAAACAGUCGACCGCAACCUAUCAAGCAAAAUUUUAGUAAACAUUUUUUUUUAUUUUGUGAUUUUAUUAAACAAUCUCAAAGAUUUAAAAUAAAAUGCGUUGCAGUUUGCUACAGAA